CUUUAACAAGUCAAUCAAUGACGUUUGAAAAGACAUGUGGAAGAUCGUGGUGGAAAUGUCAUAACAAACAACUUUUAAUGAACUCAUGAAGUUAUUGAGAAUUUUGAAAAGAAUGUCUGAGACCAUCAUGAAGAUGGAAGAGUCAACAUUGGAAAAAAAAUCAUUAAAAUCUAUAAAAGAAGGGCAAGCCGAAAUUUGUCUAAAGACAGAUAAAGUAUUUUAUAAUCCAGUACAAGAGUUUAAUAGAGACCUUAGUAUUGCUGUGUUGAGUGUGUUUACUGAGGAAUUUAUUGCUGAAAAACUUGCUCUGAAAAAAAAGAAAAUACAGGAUGUGAACACUGAUAUCAGUAAUGAUAACAAUCAGAUACCAGUGACAAUCCUAGAAGCCCUAUCCGCAACAGGCUUACGGAGCAUCCGUUAUGCAAAAGAAGUGCCAAAUGUUAGUAAAAUAAUAGCCAACGACUUAUCACAAGAAGCUGUUAAUACAAUAAAAGAGAACAUAAUCCAUAAUAAUGUUCAAAACAUUAUUGAAACCAGUCAUGAUGAUGCAUGUAUGCUUAUGUAUAAACAUAAACAUCCAAUUGAACGCUUCACAGUCAUAGACCUAGAUCCAUAUGGAUGUCCAUCAAUCUUCUUAGACAGUGCAGUUCAGAGUGUACAAGAUGGCGGCUUGUUGCUUGUCACCGCGACUGACAUGGCAGUUUUGGCGGGAAACUCACCCGAAACUUGCUACAGUAAAUAUGGUGCUAUUAGUUUGAAGACAAAAUGUUGCCAUGAAAUGGCUUUAAGGAUAUUAUUGCAAUGCAUAGAAUCCCACGCAAACCGCUACGGUCGCUACACAGUCCCUAUGCUUAGUAUAUCUGCCGACUUUUACAUACGAGUGUUUGUUAAAGUAUAUUCCGGAGCAAUUCAUUGCAAGAAAACUACCAGCAAGUUAUCAAUGGUCCACCAGUGUGUGGGAUGUGACAAUAUAACCCUGCAACCGCUGGGUGGGUUCAAAGAUAAUCCUACGGAACGGAAUCCUGAACAGAUGAAGGCAUAUUUACCCACCGGGCCAGCUGUGGGUGAGCGAUGCACUAAUUGUAAUCAGAAACAUCAUCUAGGCGGUCCAAUCUGGUCAGCACCUAUCCAUAAUGAGGUCUUCGUAUCCAAGGUCCUGACACACGUGCAGGAGCACCCGGAUCUCUUCGGCACUGCCAAGCGACUGGAUGGAGUAUUGUCUAUGGUCAGGGAAGAACUUAUGGAUGCACCACUCUAUUAUAUCUUGGAUAAAAUGUUUGGAAGAGUGCACUGUGAGACAAUGCCCAUGCUGGUUAUGAGGUCAGCAAUUUUGAAUGCCGGGUACAAAGUGUCAUAUUCCCAUGCGGCCAAAUUGUCCGUGAAGACCGCUGCGCCUGCGCAUGUCAUUUGGGACAUUGUACGCACCUGGGAGAAAACUCAUCCUGUCAAACCGGCUAAAUUAGAAGCAGAUCCGGUAGCAAGAUCUAUAUUAAGCAGGGAAACAGAGACAGCAAUAGACCUGAGCGAGAGGGCAGAUGCAAAUCCCAUCAGUCGACGUGACGGACGUUUAAGGUUUCAGUUCAAUCCCACUCCGUAUUGGGGACCUGGCUCCCGAGCUGCUAUCAAUGUCGGUGACGAAAAAAUGUCCAAAGCGAUAAGAAAUCAGAACAAACAUAAAAACAAAGAGAGGCGGCAAGGAAAGCGAGAGCACUCGCCGAGGAGUGACGAAGAAGCCCGCAAGAUACACGCCAAGACAGAUGAUGAAAAUUUGGAAAUAAAAAAUUAAAACCCGA